UGGAGGGGAAGCAGGAACAGGCGACGAGAGGGAGAGAGGGAGACGGGGGGAGAUAGACGGGAGUGAAAAAACACUAUCUGUAACUACUGCCAGCUCUACGGCUGAAAUAACGGAUUAUUUACCGACUGUUAACAGCUUCUCCUGCCGGUAAAGUCAGCACAAACCUCUCGGACGUCCCCUGGAACAAGUCAACAUAUUUCCAGGAUUGCUUACUACACAGAAUAUGACAGACACUUAGCAGCUGCAGUGUCAGCAGGGAAAACCAUGGCGACAGCCUACCUGGACCCCAACCUGAAUCAUACCCUCCUGGGAGGCGCCAAGUCACGGCUGAGCGCAGGGGGGUCAGACCGAACCAUGGCCGGCUCCGUGGACAGGGUUCUCAAAGUCUUCCAUCACUUUGAGACCAACACUGAGAACAGUUGCUGGUCGUCCAAUAUCAGAUAUGGAGAUGCCACUGAUGUCAGGGGAAUCAUCCAGAAAAUUCUGGACAUCCACAAAGUGCGCUGGACGUCUUGUUUUGGCCUUCGUCUCAGCAACAGCCAGUCCAGAGACCAGUUGCACUGGCUCCACCCCGAUAUGGGCGUUUCCCAUGUCAGAGAGAAAUAUGAACAGGCACGACCAAAUGAGGAGUGGAGGUAUGAAUUAAGGAUCCGGUAUCUUCCAAAGGGCUUUAUGCAGCAGUUUACAGAAGACAAACCUACACUCAACUACUUCUAUCACCAGGUGAAGACUGACUACAUGACGGAGAUGGGGGAUCAGGUGGAACAAGAAGUAGCUCUCAAACUGGGUUGUCUAGAAAUCAGGAGGUUCUUUAAGGAGAUGAGAGGAAACGCCCUGGAUAAGAAAUCCAACUAUGAACUACUGGAGAAAGAUGUUGGUUUGAGGCGUUUUUUUCCAAAAGACCUGUUGGAUUCAGUCAAGGCUAAAAGUCUUCGCAAGUUGAUCCAGCAGACGUUUAAGCAGGUGGCCAAUCUCAACGAUGAGCAGUGCAUCCUGAAGUUCUUGGAGAUACUUGUGCCAAUCUACCGUUACGACAAAGAGUGCUUCAAAUGUGCCCUUGGGUCCAGCUGGGUGAUCCAGGUGGAGUUGGCUAUCGGGCCAGAGGAUGGGAUCAGCUACCUCACUGACAAGGGAUCCACGCCUACCCAUCUAGCUAACUUUAACCAAGUGCAGUCCAUCCAGUACUCGGCUAUGGAGGAGAAGGACAGGAAAGGCAUGCUACAGCUCAAUGUAGCUGGAGCUGCUGAGCCUCUUACUGUUACAACAGAUUCACUGACCAUGGCGGAAAACUUGGCUGACUUGAUUGAUGGUUACUGUCGGCUCGUCUCCAUGGAAACUCAUUCCUUCAUCGUCCGAGUUCAGAAAGAGGGAGAGAGAGCGCUGCCUUCCAUCCCGAAACUGUCGAACAAUGAAAAAAAGUUAGAAGCAGUCAGGAGUGGAGUAAGAGCGAUCUCCGUCUCAGACCUAGUGACAUCGACACCUCCUAAGCCAACCAAGGCGCGGCGUUUCCUCCUCCCCUUUGUCUUCUGUUCAGAUUCGCCGCCCAAUGAAGAUCUUAGUGGGGAUGAGACUGAUGACUAUGCAGAGAUAGUUGAUGAAGAGGACACAUACACCAUGCCCUCCACGCGGGACUAUGAGAUCCAGAGGGACAGGAUAGAGUUAGGUCGCUGCAUUGGAGAGGGUCAGUUUGGAGAUGUACACCAAGGAGUCUAUAACAGUCCGGACAAACCAGGUCUACCUGUCGCCAUUAAGACCUGUAAGAACUGUACCUCAGACAGUGUCAGAGAAAAGUUCCUACAAGAAGCAUUGACUAUGCGUCAGUUUGACCACCCUCACAUUGUCAAGCUGAUCGGAGUGAUCACAGAGAACCCGGUGUGGAUCAUCAUGGAGCUCUGUACUCUCGGAGAGUUGCGCUCGUUCCUUCAGGUGAGGAAGUACAGUCUGGACCUGGCCACUCUGAUUCUCUUCGCCUACCAGCUCAGCACGGCGCUGGCCUAUCUGGAGAGCAAACGCUUUGUACACAGGGACAUCGCAGCCCGUAAUGUGUUGGUCUCUUCAGUCGACUGUGUGAUGCUCGGAGACUUUGGUCUGUCACGAUACAUGGAGGACAGCUCUUACUACAAAGCUUCUAAAGGUAAACUUCCCAUCAAGUGGAUGGCACCAGAAUCUAUCAACUUCAGAAGAUUCACCUCUGCCAGUGAUGUCUGGAUGUUUGGUGUGUGCAUGUGGGAGAUCCUGAUGUACGGCAUCAAGCCCUUCCAGGGGGUGAAGAACAAUGACGUGAUUGGUAGGAUAGAGAACGGGGAGCGGCUGGCUAUGCCUCCUCAGUGCCCGCCCACCCUCUACAGUUUGAUGACCAAAUGUUGGUCGUAUGACCCCAGCAAGAGGCCGCGAUUCACCGAACUCAAAACACAGCUCAGCACCAUACUGGAGGAAGAAAAGCUUCAGCAAGAGGAAAGACUUCGAAUGGAGAUGAGGAGACAAGUCACUGUGUCCUGGGACUCUGGAGGGUCUGAUGAAGCACCACCUAAACCCAGUAGACCAGGUUACCCCAGUCCUCGCUCCAGUGAGGGCUUCUUCUCCAGCCCCCAACACAACCACUUUCCGCCAUCGGCCCACGGUGGUGUAGGAGGAGUAGGAGGCAGCUACCCUCCUACCGAUACCUGGAAUCAGCACAGACCUGAACACUCUGCACUGUGGAGCCCGAACAUGGAGGAUGGUGGAUGUGUUGGUCAGGCUAUGAUGGAGGAGAGGCUGAUGAUGCAGCAGCAACAGAUGGAGGAUGACCAGCGGUGGCUGGAGCAGGAGGAGAGCUUCAUGAAGGCUGAGUCCAGAAACAGCAGAGGAAGCAUCGACAGAGAGGACGGCACACUACAAGCACCGCUGACCGGUGCCAUUGCUGGAGGGACUUCUCAGUACACCAUAACAACUGUUAAUGCAGUUUUCUUGAAUUCAGCAUGUGAAGGUGGAAGCCAACACAUCUACCAGCCUGUAGGGAAACCAGAACAUGUAGCCCCUCCGAAGAAGCCGCCCCGCCCUGGAGCUCCCGGUCACCUCAGCAACCUGGCCAGUCUCUGCCCUGUGGACAGCUACAACGAGGGGGUCAAGUUGCAGCCUCAGGAGAUCAGCCCGCCUCCCACCGCCAACUUGGAUCGUUCUAACGACAAAGUGUAUGAGAAUGUGACAGGAUUGGUUAAAGCUGUGAUAGAGAUGUCCAACAGGAUUCAGCCUGCAGCACCAGAGGAGUACGUCCCCAUGGUCAAGGAGGUGGGGCUGGCUCUGAGGACUCUGCUAGCAACAGUAGAUGAGACAAUUCCUGUGCUGCCAGCCAGCACACACAGAGAGAUUGAGAUGGCCCAGAAGUUGUUGAAUUCAGAUCUGGCAGAGUUGAUAGCGAAGAUGAAACUGGCCCAACAGUAUGUCAUGACAAGUUUACAAAAGGACUACAAGAAACAGAUGCUAAUGGCAGCUCACGCCCUCGCAGUCGACGCCAAGAACCUGCUGGACGUCAUCGACCAAUCGCGACUCAAGAUGAUCACCCAGACCCGCCCACAUUAGCCCCGGAUCCGUUCACGCCUGGAAGUGGCGGGGGGCGGGGCCAGGAGAUUAUGUUGCUAUGGAGACAGAGAGUGCAGCAGAAGAGAACACUUAGAUGGAUAUCAGUGAUGGAUGAAAAACACCGACUGAUGGACAGCAGACAUGACUGACUGAAACAAUCAGCUCCCUCUUCUCCUCCCUCAAACAUUCACCGCUUCCUUUUUUCUCUCCGCUCUUUGGUCAAUAUUGUGUUGUUUUGUACUUUUGUUGCAUUAUUUUGCUUUUGUAUCCAGAGAAACACUCCUUUCUCCCAUCACGUAUCCUCAAGAAUCAUCCAUCACUACUUUUUAAUCUUUGAAGAAAAUGAAUUAAACAGGAGAUUUCAGAGGCUCGUUUGCAGGACUGCACAGACGCGUCAUCAACUUGCCACAUAAACACAAGACUAACACUCUCCACAUAUGCAGGAUGUAACAACUGGAACUGAAGAGCCAGAAUGAGGAGGAUCAUGAAGAUGAUUUCAUAAGGUUGUUGUUUAAACAUGCUUUUAUAUCAUGAUUAAUUAUUAUUAUUAUUACUACUCCUUUCAGCCUUGACUCUUACAGUAUGUCUGUGUCAGUUUUUCAGUCUUCCUCUUGAAACUUGUAUGAGCAGAAAUUACUGAUUUACAGUACAGCUGCUCAUAUAUGUCAUAAUUUCAUCUCUCUUUUUUUUCAUCUUCCUCCCUAGAUCUCUCUAUCUCAGGCAUCAAGACAUGGCAUAAAAAUGAAAUAUGAAAGCUGAAUUUUGAAGAACAAACUAAAUGUCUUUUUAUGGAAAAACAUGAUAAAAAAAAAACUGCCACAGGCCACUUUUUAAGUUAACUACAUAGUAAAUAUACAAAGAAGCUAUAUUUUUAACACAUUUCUGAGGCAUGAGUUGUUAGUGAAUAAGGGGGAGGGAUGAACUGGGGGGAGAGUGAGGGGAUGGAGGGGUGAGAGGUGGAGGAAGGGUCAUUUUUAAGUUACCAUGGAGGUGCUAAUUAUACUGUAUAGCAGGUCGCCCUGUGCCAAAUGAACUGCAAUUGAUAAAAAAAAAAAAA